AGAAUAUGGAGUUGCAAAGCCAAGCGACUCGAGUGGGAAUCGAUGUGGUGUGUUCGGCAAGUGGGUUAUGAUCGGCUGUGGUAUCUGGUGCUCGUUGGUCGCUGCGUUCAAUGGUGCCGUCGUGCAAUAUGCUCGGAAAGUCUAGGAUUGCUUUAGAAGAAACGAGACGAACAAUGACUCUCCUCUUUAUGUUGGUUGCGUUCCUCGGGAUCAUUUCAUUGGCGACAUGUUCACCAGUGGGAGAACCCAGUGAUGGGAACAAAAUAGAUGAACCAGACGAUGAUUCGUGGCCCUGGAACUUGAUAAAAGAUGCAGAAUUCUGGUCAAAUCCAGAGGCAGGAUUCAAGCAGCUGGACUUCAAAUUAAGUCCCGUGACGGACACAAUUCCGCAAUUCAAUGUGAACAAAAUUAAUUUCACCGCGAUCCGGCUGGAAAUCGACGAAUUCCUAGACGACUUCAAUUCUCGUCGAGGCAAAUCUCUGGAUUUGGGCUCUGUGACUCAGCUCCCGAAAUUUCUCAGCACGACGCUCAAGUACGUUGACUUGAAGCAAGUCGUUUACGAAGUGGAGACUUCGUUGUUGAGCUCUGUGUCGUGCACGGCGUGUAAAGCCGGGGUCGGACUACUGCAACACUACAUCAAAACUGGGAAAACGCGGCAAGAAAUUGCCCAUGCCGCCAUCAAGCUUUGCAUCAAUUUGAAACUCGAAUCGAAGCGUGUUUGCGUCGGUAUCAUUUACCUCUUUGUGGAUGAGGUGUUGCACAUUCUGGAGAGACUGGUUCUGGAGCCGGAAGAGGUGUGCGGCAUAAUUAUCGGCGACGGGUGUUCGGUGCCCUACAUCCCGUGGCACGACUGGAAUGUCACUUUCCCGCCCAUUCCGAAGCCACUGGACAACCCGUCGGGCCCGAAGCCGACGCAGGCCCAGGCGAGCGCGGCGGCGGCGCCGGGUGGGAAGGCGACGCUCAAGGUCCUGCAUCUGUCCGACAACCACUAUGACCCAUAUUACUUGGCUGGUUCGAACGCCGAAUGCGGCGAACCGCUGUGUUGCCGGGCCACGGACGGGCUGCCCGCUCAGCCCAGUGCCGCCGCGGGAGUCUGGGGCGACUACCGCCACUGCGACACUCCCAGGCGGACCAUCGAGAAUCUCUAUGAGCACAUUGUCAAAACUCAUCCCGACUUGGACUACAUCAUUUGGACUGGAGAUUUGCCGCCUCACGAUGUGUGGAAUCAGACGCGCGAAGAUCAGCUUCACGUUUUGCGGGAAACAGUGGAUCAGCUGGCCAGAUACUUUCCCAAUAUCCCUAUUUUUCCUGCACUUGGAAACCACGAGUCCACUCCGGUCAAUAGCUUCCCUCCACCUCAGGUUACAAUUCCAGCAUUCAGCAUCCAGUGGCUCUACAAUGAACUAGACGCUCAGUGGCGACGUUGGUUGCCGGAAGCCACGUCGCAAACGGUGCGCUACGGGGCCUACUAUUCGGUCGCCGUGAGGCCCGGCUUCAGGAUCAUUUCCCUCAACAUGAACUAUUGUCACAACAAGAACUGGUGGCUCUUGAUGAAUACCACUGACCCGGCGCAGGAGCUCCAGUGGCUUAUUUAUGAACUGCAGGCGGCCGAGUUGUCCGGGGAUAUGGUGCAUAUCCUCGGGCACAUUCCGCCGGGCCACGCGGAUUGUUUGAAAACCUGGUCCAAAAACUUUUAUAAGGUCAUCAGUCGUUACGAGAAGACAGUCGCGGCACAGUUUUACGGCCACACGCAUUUCGACGAGUUCAGCUUGUUUUAUGACGAGGCGAUGCCGACGAGGGCUGUUAGCAUAGCCUACAUUGGACCCUCCGUUACUCCGUAUUACGACUUGAACCCAGGCUACAGGGUUUAUACCAUAGAUGGUGACAGGGAAGGUUCUACGAGACAAGUAUUAGACCACGAAAACUGGUACAUGGACCUGAAGGAGGCGAAUUUGUACAAUAGACCGCGUUGGAGAAAGUUGUAUUCAGCUUUGCAAGCGUAUGGCAUGAAGGGUGCCACUCCGAAGGACUGGGAUACGUUGGUCCACAAGCUUACCUACAACGACAAUUUGUUCCAGAUGUAUUACAAGUUUUAUUGGAAAGCGUCGCCGGUGCGUCCACAAUGUGAUGAGGAGUGUAAAAAGCGUCUGUUAUGUGAUCUCGUCUCUGGACGAUCACACGACCGGAAACAGACUUGCGUGGUCAUCGAACAACGCAUGGAUGAGCAGACCGGAGGAUGGAAAACAUGGCUCGUUAACGGCCUAACCAUUACGUUCCUCUUAGUGGGCCUUUACCUGGCAAUGGAGUUGAUCGCUUACUUGAGAUCAACCCAGAGGAGCAGUUUUGCUGUUCUUGCCUCUUGGGUUCCAAAUCCCAAGCGUGUUUGGCUGAAACUUCGGUUGUUGAACCGAAACGCGAUUGGUGCGGGAAGAGGAGUUGUUUCGAAUGAACAGGAACGGAUGAACGUGUUAAUCUGAGCGGCUAACGAGAAUGUACAAGUUUUGGUGCGGUAGUAGCACCGUUGUUAUUUAUUUUUGCGUACGGGAGUUUCAGUCAGAACUCUGUGACUUUAGCUCCAUCAAAAGUGCGGGCGGGUGUUAUAUUUUUGUGUAAAGGCGAAGAGAAAUUACGUUUGUGAUUAUUGUCGUCCUAGUAUGGCAAAUGUGGAGUGUUUGUUCAAGUCAGUGUGCUUCGUUCCCUGACGGUUUUUAAGUUUUGGUUUAGAAACGAACAUUCCCUAAGAUUGGGUCAUUCUGGACUUGCAGCUAACGAAGAUAUAGUAUCAUGUGAUGACGUCAUUGUUCUGUGGAAAUCUGGUGCAUUCAAACUCCGAAGUUUUCUCGAAGUUCUUGACAUUUAUUUUUGUUGUUGUUGUAAGAGGCUAGUGAAUGCAUUGCGCAGUUGCUUUGUUGGUCGUGAGGGAUGGCAAUAUUCUGUUGGAUUAAGUACGUUUUCAGAGCUUAGGUUUAAUGUAUCCGCCUCGUAGGAAAUCUGUUUCUGUGAUGCUGUGCAUUUUCACACGCGCGACUGACCGUCUAACUGUACGCGUUCAUCCCUGAAUCCUGCUAGAAGAACCGAUUCUGUCCGCCUUUUUUUUCAACUCAUGUCAACGGGAUGAGUUUUACUGAAAUUGAGUGCAACAGUCGCAAUGAAUUUGUUAAAUAGCAAGUGUUUUAUUUUAUUUUGUUUGAAAUGAAACAAGUUAUUUGAAACGCU